CCGUUUGUCUUGAGAGACAUUUUCGUGGGUUUCACUCAUUGCGACAGCAGCGCCACAGUGAAUUUUCACAGAAAGUUUCCCCCGUGUGUUGAGUGUGUUAGAUAAAAGGAAAAACGCAAAAUGUCGCUCCUCUCAGCGAGAUUAGCUGCCUCUGUGGCACGCAACCUGCCCAGGACAUCCUCUCAGGUUGCCAAGAUCCUGUACCCAGCUACUUCCCUGGCCGCACGGAAAUUCCACGUUUCCAGCCAGCGGAAUGCCGAGAUCUCGGCAAUUCUCGAGGAGCGCAUCCUGGGUGCCGCCCCGAAGGCUGAUCUGGACGAAACGGGACGCGUGCUGAGCAUUGGAGACGGUAUUGCGCGUGUGUACGGUCUGAAGAACAUCCAGGCCGAUGAGAUGGUGGAAUUCUCAUCCGGUCUCAAGGGGAUGGCCCUCAAUUUGGAGCCCGACAACGUGGGUGUUGUGGUGUUCGGUAAUGACAAGCUCAUCAAGGAGGGUGACAUCGUGAAGCGUACCGGUGCCAUUGUGGACGUUCCCGUGGGUGAGGAGCUCCUUGGGCGCGUUGUUGAUGCCCUGGGUAAUCCCAUUGACGGCAAAGGUGCCAUUACGUCCAAGACACGCUUCCGUGUGGGUAUCAAAGCUCCCGGAAUCAUUCCACGUAUCUCCGUGCGCGAGCCCAUGCAGACCGGCAUAAAGGCCGUGGAUUCCCUCGUACCCAUUGGCCGUGGGCAGCGUGAGUUGAUCAUUGGUGAUCGUCAGACCGGUAAGACCUCCCUUGCCAUUGAUACCAUCAUCAAUCAGAAGCGCUUCAACGAUGGCCAGGAUGAGACGAAGAAGCUGUACUGCAUCUACGUCGCCAUUGGCCAGAAGAGGUCCACUGUGGCACAAAUUGUCAAGCGUCUCACCGACACUGGGGCCAUGAACUAUUCCAUCAUUGUCUCUGCCACGGCUUCCGAUGCUGCCCCACUGCAGUACUUGGCUCCCUAUUCUGGAUGUGCUAUGGGUGAAUUCUUCCGUGACAACGGAAAGCACGCCCUCAUCAUCUAUGACGAUCUUUCGAAGCAGGCUGUUGCCUAUCGUCAAAUGUCUCUGCUGCUGCGUCGUCCACCAGGUCGUGAGGCCUACCCCGGUGACGUGUUCUACCUCCAUUCGCGUCUCCUUGAGCGUGCAGCCAAGAUGAGCCCAGCCAUGGGUGGUGGUUCCCUCACUGCAUUGCCAGUCAUUGAGACCCAGGCUGGUGAUGUGUCCGCCUACAUCCCAACCAAUGUCAUCUCCAUCACCGACGGGCAGAUCUUCUUGGAAACUGAGCUCUUCUACAAGGGUAUCCGACCUGCCAUCAAUGUGGGUUUGUCCGUAUCCCGUGUGGGUUCAGCUGCCCAAACUAAGGCCAUGAAGCAAGUGGCUGGCUCCAUGAAGCUCGAAUUGGCGCAGUACCGUGAAGUGGCUGCUUUUGCGCAGUUCGGCUCUGAUUUGGAUGCUGCCACACAGCAGCUCCUCAAUCGUGGUGUUCGUCUUACGGAGCUCCUCAAGCAGGGACAGUAUGUGCCCAUGGCUAUUGAAGAGCAGGUUGCUGUCAUCUAUUGCGGUGUCCGAGGGCAUUUGGACAAGAUGGACCCACAGAAGAUUACGAAAUUCGAGAAGGAAUUCACGGAGCACGUGAAGAGCAAUGAGAAGGCACUCCUGCAGCAAAUUGCCACCGAUGGUAAGAUUACGGAGCAAACUGAUGCUAAGCUCAAGGAGAUUGUCACGAAAUUCUUGGCCACAUUCACGGGCUAAAAUGGGGAAGUUGCGUCUCUGUGCCCACAAAUUCUUAAAGCCUCCCCUUCCCCCCAACAUUUACCUUUAAAAUAAAAGGAAAAAAAAUUAAUAAAGAUUUCAAGAGAAUUAUUAAAAGAAAAAAGAAAUAGAAAAUAAACGAGAGAAAAGUAGUUAAAAAAAAAAUAAAAGAAGAGAGAAUUUCACGCAGACACCAUGUGAAUGCAUCGGAUUCGAUCGAAGAUGUGAGACGAAUGAUGUGCGAAAGGAAGUCUAAAUAAAUAAAAAAAAAGGUUAAAAAUUA